AUGGCGAGUAGCUACUUGCCUGAGGGCUCCCAGGUCGUCGGAACACCACUGGAGAGGUCCAACGUGUUUCGACGGCAGGGGAACGACUUGUACUGCAAGGCUCGAGAAGUGGCUCGAAAUGCAGAUCCUUACACAAACUUGCGUGGAGUGCAGGAGUCGGUGAAGCUCUUUCAGGCUGCCAUGGCCGAGUAUGGGAAGGCUUUGCAUUUCCUUCCGAACGACCACCGGCUGUUUGGCAAUCGAGCCUUGUGCUACCAGGCUGUGGAAGACUGGGUGAAGUGUCGCGAGGAUGCACAGCGCUGCGUCAAGCUGAAAAGCGACUACACGAAGGGAUGGCUGCUGCUUGUCAAAGCCACCUGGGAGCUGGGGCACCACCACGAGGCAAUGCAGGAGCUGCAAAAUGGUUUACGGGCGAUACCUGGCUCGCGGGAAUUGGUGGACCUGCAGGCUGGUCUCACAUCCGGCCACCAAGCUCGUGCGGCUGGGCGAAGUGUGUCUCCAGCAUGCACACCUGGCAACACGCCGCCCGUGUCGCGCUCAACUACGCCGCCAAGAUCUUUCACGCCGCCGCCAGGGCCGCCGCCAGGGGGGCACAUGUCCGCCACCUUGCCGGCCAUUUCGCAGGGCGGUUCGGGAAGAUCUCCCGGGUGCUCCAGAACAUCCUCAAGAUCUCCCGGCGCAGCUCGGCCGUGUCCUCCGCCGCCGGGCCCAGGCCCGGCGGGGCCUCCGCGAGCAGUGCCAGGUUUGGAAGGAAGUCUGACCUGCGGCACGGGGACAGGAAACUUCGGUGUGCCGACACCAUCUUUUGCACAUGGCCAACCUCCAUCUUCGAUUGUGGCAUCAGCUGUGGCCGAGGCAUCGAUCCACUCUGCGUUCACCCUGCAAGCUACAGGCAGCGCUGCAGCGACAAUUGCAUCUGUUGCAGGGGCAGCUGGAGCGGCUGGUGCACGCCGAGUAAAUUCCCCUGGUCCGGCGUUUGUGCAGCCAGCUGAAGCAGAGAACGCCCAUCCGGAAGGUCAUGGAGACGGCAGCAGUCCGAACAGAAAGAUAUCUUCUCUGAAGAGUCUUUCAGAAUCAGGCCGGCGGUGA